CUCCCACUCCCAUCCCAAAUCCGCCGCUUUUGGAUCGAUUGCUGUGAGAGAGAGAGAGAGAGAGAGAAGAGGGGUUUGGUGAUGGCGGAGGACUGCUCGGUGCUCGAUCCGUGGUUGUAUCACUCGGAGUCGGCGUGGAUGAGCGAGGCCUUUGCCAGGGACAACGAGGCGCUCACCCGCGCCCUCCAGAUCUCGCUCUCGGACACUUCUUCCUCCGGCGGAGCCACCACCAGUACCCCCGCCGCCUCCCCCGCCACCUCCUCCUCCUCCCCUUUCCUCCUCCACCAGAACCGCCAGCUCGCCCCCUCUGCCGCGCCCAUCCAGCCGCGGAACCGCCCGCUCGGCCCUGCCUCCGGGGCACGAGUCGCCAAGCGCAGGUCGCGCGCCUCGAAGCGAUCGCCCACGACCUACAUCAACGCCGACCCGGCCAACUUCCGGGAGAUGGUGCAGCGCGUCACCGGCAUCCAGGUGGUCGGGAAUCAGCCGCCCGCUUCCGACGCGUUGGUCAAGCCGGAGCCGAUCCGGGCCGCGCCGGGCUCCCGCGCGGCCCUGCAGCAGCUCUGCCUGCCCACGCUCGACACCUCGGCGCUCUUGCUGGCCAACGGCGUCGGUUCGCUCGGUGCGUCGUUGGAAUUCCCGGCUUUCGACGCCGACGUGGCAUUCUCGCCGGCCUUCCCCACCCUCGAGUCGUGGGGAAUCAUGUAACGGACGUUACAUGCUGUUUACCUCCUUUAUUUUUCACUUCCUUCGUUCAAAACACCAAAAACAAAAAACCAAAAAAAAAAAAAAUGCUGUGUGUACUUUUUAACCGACUCCUGGUAAUGUGCAGUGGGGUUUAGCAAUCAAUCACGUACUUGAUGUAGCAUUGGGUGAUCAAUAGUGAUUGGUUAAUAAUAACAA